GUUUAACCUUACCAAAAAAAAUUCAAAAUGAAACUACCCAAAACCGGAAGGUAUUCCGAUGAACACCGUACUUAAAAAUAUCACACUCUGCGGCCACGUGUUACUGGCAGAAGCAUUACACGUUUUCAUUCACGUUGAAAACAAGCGUGAAUUUCUCUGGAUAGAAAUAUAGCAAACAGAAUCUAUAAAACAACAAAGUAGGUGAAUGUUCUUCCUCUACACUUCAAAUCAAUGGCGAUUUUAUUCAACCCUAAUAUCACUUUGAAGCUCAACAAUGCAUCAAAACUUGACAUCCCAAAUUAUCUUCUCCAAAACCCUAGAAAUCCAUCAUCGUUAUCAUCUUUUCAUCUUUAUUCUCCAAUGCGCUUACGCUGGGUCAAUGGCAAUGCAUAUGGAUCCGACUUCAGUUACAGAAAGAUGGUUCCAACUCGACACCAAUCAGACUCUAAAUUUGUGGUUCGAUCUUCGGUCAAGAGUUCACAAUCACAAGUUCCAUCAAAUUCAAACGGUAGAAUUAUUUUUUGGUCUGCAGUUACCCUAGUGUUAGCUGUUGGGAAUCGCGUGCUCUAUAAACUUGCUCUCGUGCCUAUGAAGGAGUACCCCUUCUUUUUAGCUCAAGUCAACACUUUCGGGUAUGUGGCAAUUUAUUUUUCUAUACUGUAUAUAAGGCAUCGUGCUGGAAUUGUAACGGACGAGAUGAUGAUCCUUCCAAAAUGGCGGUUUGCGGUAAUCGGUAUGCUAGAAGCCCUAGGAGUUGUUGCUGGGAUGUACGCUGCAGCCAUGCUCCCUGGACCAGCUAUACCAAUAUUGAAUCAGGUACUGUCUGUCAGUUUCUGA